AUGAGUGGAAAAGUCCGUUUAAAGUCAAAUGGCGUUUUGGAUGAAGAUCCUCUGACGCUGCAGGAUAUCGUUUAUCAGUAUAUAUGUAAAAAUCUUGAUGUCAUCAGUUGUCCCGACGAAAGUAUUGCCGAUGAAGAUGAAGAGGAUGCCGACAUAAGAUACCAUUUGCGCGGUGGCGUUGUCCUACCCAACACCAUUUGUGAUCGUCUCAUCGAUACGUAUCAGAAACAGUUCUAUCAAAAGUUCGGUGAUAAAUUUAUAAGUUUAUUUCGGGACACAAAUAGAACAUCACUCAAAGUUGUACAUCUGCGUAAUAGUAAUUUAACAAAUUAUGGACUUGAAAUACUCAUGCGCCACAAAUUAUACUCACUCUCCAUGUGGUAUUGUGACAAGGUUACGGUUCAAUCUCACGAACUAUUAGCACAGCACGGAGAAAGUCUACGUUCACUGGAAUUGGGCAUUGGAUCGCAUAUGCUGCAAAAUGCCGAACCAAAUGAAAAGGAGCCUGUCGAUUUUCAGUUCAAUUGUCCACAUUUGCGACGUUUGGUCUUGAAUGCAGUCGUUCUACAUCAACGUCUGACAUUUGCCCAUUUAACGGAUUUAACACAUUUGGAUUUGACAUCGUGUAUUUUAGCCAGUUUCAGUCUGCAGGCAUUAUCUACCCUACCUAAGCUUCACACGUUGAUUUUAUUCAAUGUAUGGCCCAUUGCAAAUCAGUUACAUGCAAUAUGUUCGCUCAGUCGUCUUCGUACAUUGGAUAUAUCAAUUUCAAGUACCAAUAAUGGUCAUGGCACAUACGAUUUACCCGAUCAAAAAUUGGAAAUGCUUAUGGAAAAUCUACCGGAAUUAACACAUUUAGAUAUUUCCGGUACAAAUCUGGCGGGAAAUGGUGUGGCAACUAAAGAAUCGUGUUACAAAUCCAAUACAGAUAUACCGGGUCUGGCAUCGCGCACCCAAAGGCCAUUACAAUUUUUGGGUUUAUAUCAUACAGCCCAUUGGGCUUGUAAACGUCAUGAUAUACCAGCUCAUGAGAUUGCCGGCGAUGCAAAUGAAAAACAAAUAUUAACAGCGGCAAGAUAUUAUUACGACAGACCGGUACUUCUUACAAGGGUUCUCAAUGAUCUUUAUCAUUUGUUUCGCUUUGAAAAUUGCAAAGACAUACACACCGCCUUGGAUGUUGUUCUAACAGCCAUGGACAGACAUUUGAAAUUUAAACAUAUGCAAAUAUCCGGAAGUGCAACAUUAUUUUAUAUUGUAAAAGGACGUGACCGAUCGAAAUUUGGCACACCACUCAGAAAUCACAUAAUACGAACAUUGCUCAAUGGCAUGGAGGUGCACUUAAACGAUGACACAAUGCUACGAAAUGGAUACCUAACAUUGACACAAUUUCAAAUGCCCAACGAUGUGCUAUUUGAAUAUGAACGUCUCAUAAAAAUAUUAUUACACGGAGUUUCUAAAACGGAACAGGAGGGUUUUGUACAAAGGAUAGCUAUAUAUCUAUUAAAUACACUGGCUUGCCAAGUUGAUGGACGACAAAAAUUGUUUUUGGGCGAACUUGGAGUUGUUAAUACUAUGUUAAGUUUAAUUAAAGAUCGUUUAACACGUUCGGUAUUGGAUGAUGUUAUGGAGGUGGCAUGGUCAACCAUGUGGAAUGUAACUGAUGAGACUGCUAUUAAUUGUAAGAGAUUUUUAGACGGCCGUGGUAUGGAGUAUUUUCUACGUUGUUUAAAUACGUUUAGAGAACGCGAUGAACUGCUAAGAAAUAUGAUGGGCCUAUUGGGUAAUGUUGCAGAAGUGAAAUGGCUGAGGCCGAAAUUAAUGACACAAAAGUUUAUUGAAGUUUUUGCCGAGCUCUUAUCAUCGGAAAGUGAUGGAAUUGAGGUAAGUUAUAAUGCAGCUGGUGUGCUGGCACAUAUAGCCUCCGAUGGCCCGGAAGCUUGGACAAUUAAAGAGCCUUCACGCGAUGAAGUAUUAGCAAAUAUGGUCAAAGCAAUUGUUCGAUGGGACAUAAAAAGCGAUCGUAAUAUUAAUUAUCGUAGUUUUGAACCCAUUUUGGGUUUGGUACGUUGCUAUGAAACUCCACAAUGCCAACAUUGGGCAGUAUGGGCUUUAGCAAAUCUAACACAGGUCUAUCCAGAUAAAUAUUGCCAACUGGUGGAACAAGAAAAUGGCAUUGAGAUUCUUACGGAAUUAAUUAACCAUCCAAAACCAUAUGAGGAUAUCAAGAGGAUAGCGCGCAUGGUUAUCGAUCAAUGCAAUCGAUGUCCACGUCCCAUGCUCGAAGGUUAAGUUA